AUGCCUCCUCCUUCGAACCUCAAGCCUGUCCAGCAACAGCUGUUUGCGGAAAAUGGAGCUCCUCGCCCCUCCGCCGAGAAGAAGACGCACAUUGAAGUCUGUGCUCGGAUAAGGCCGUUGCAGAUCACCAUGCAGAGUUCGUCGAGUUACUUCAAUGACCAUCAUGCGUCUCCGCGCAAACCUCCCGUUCCAAGCACCCGUAGAGCUGGUGGAAUUCCCACCCCCAAAGCCUCAGCCAAGGGUAACAAGACGCCCCAAAAGUCUCCCGCACCGAUUGCGGAAGAAGAUCUCUUUUAUGCCUGGGACGUGAUUGGAAAAGACACUGCCUCGCAAAGCCCUCGAACGGAUAUCGUACAGGGGAGGACGCAUCAAUACACGAUCGAUAAGGUCUAUGGACCUACUUGUUCCACCAAAGAAGUCUACGCUCAAUCGGUCAAGCCAUUGGUAAUGUCCGCCAUGGAAGGAUACCACAGCGCUGUUCUAGCAACGGUCAAACCUCCAUUCCUGGAUCGGGAAUACCUCAUUCGAGUAAGUUAUCUAGAAGUCUACAAGGAACAAAUUAGGGACCUAUUGGCCGAUGGAGCCAGUCAAAUUCGACUCUUUGAUCAUCGGGAACAAGGACUCAUCAUCAAGGGACUACGAGAAGAGGUUGUGACGUGUCCCAAACAAAUCUUUGAAAUACUCGCUAAGGGAGAAAAAAGACGCAAAAUUGGUGCCACCAACAUGAAUCAACAUUCCUCACGAUCCCAUGUCAUGGUGCGAUUGUGGAUUGAAAGUCGGGCCGUGGGGAAUAAUAGACGCGGUGGUGGUGCGGGCGGGAGUCUUGGUGGCAACAAUAAUAAUAAACAACAAAUCAAGACGGCCGUGCGAGUGUCUUCUUGA